GCCUGCCACAGUAGAACAGUAGACUUUCCUGCUUUGUCUGCGCUGAAAGGUAACCAUGGCUUGACCUUGACGAACCCACUUCUCUGAAUCAGCCCCGCCAUCUUUCAUUCUUCCAUAUCUCAAACUCAAUCGAUCUUGCUGCGGUAAAUCAUGGCUUCCAUCAACCUCUCCCUCUCUCUACUCUUCCUCUCCCUCUUCUCUGCAUGCGCCGCCCAAUCCACAACUCCCCCAUCUUCGCCGUACCUCUCACCGGAAAAUUCCCUUUUCUCGGAUUACCGGAAAAUGCUCGCCGCUUUCAGAAUCUACGUCUACGAACCACCGAAACCCUUCAACUUCACCACACAAGCGGAGUCCACGUUCUACGCCGCUCUCCUUAACAGCCAAUUCGUCACCAAAAACCCUAACGAAGCUCACCUCUUCUUCCUCCCCUUCCCGGCCGACCUCUCCAUGCGCUCGCUCUCCCGAUUCGUCCGAGGAAUCCGAGUCAACUUCCCGUUCUGGAACCGCACUCUGGGCGCCGAUCACUUCUACCUCUCACCCGCCGGCAUCGCCUACGCCUCCGACAGGAAUCUUCUCGAGCUGAAGAAAAACUCCGUUCAGAUCUCUUCCUUCCCAACGAUCUCCAGCAGCUUUAUUCCUCACAAGGACAUGACUCUGCCGCCGGCGAAACCGCCAACUCUUUUCCCUCACGCGCCGGUCAACGGGACGGUGCUGUUUCUCGGGUUUAUGAAAAGGGGCGGGCGCGAUUUGUAUGGUUUGGUGGAGGAAUUGGCCAGUGAUCCCGAGUUUCUGGUUGAUUCCGAACCAUCCGAUCUGAGCAGGAGUAAGUUCUGUUUGUUCAUCUACGGCCGUGACGCGUCGUGGCUGGGUGAAGCGUUGCGGGUCGGGUGCGUGCCGGCUGUGAUCACGGACCGUCCGAUUCAAGACCUGCCGUUGAUGGACGUGCUGAGGUGGUCGGAGAUGGCGGUGUUUGUGGGGGCGGGCGGCGGCCCUGGGGGGGUGAAGGCGGCGUUGAGCCGAAUCGGCGGCGAGCGGUACGAGAGGAUGAGGGGAUUGGGUGUGGCGGCGGGUCUGCAUUUUGUGUGGAACGCGGAGCCGCAGCCGUACGAUGCGUUCCACAUGGUGAUUUAUCAGCUGUGGUUGAAACGGCAUUCGAUCAGAUACGUCCAGAGGGCGUGGAUUUGAAAGGUUGUACGAUACAUUUUAUGUUGGUUUUCUUCUUUUUGUAUUAGGCUCUGUGUGAUAGCUAUGUUUUUUCCUUUCAAAAGACUUUUUUUUCCACCUAAUUUUCCAUCCUUGUACUUUUGACUACUAAUUUAAUAAAUUUGAAAAAUAAAAAAAUUUUAA